UGCCUACAAAUUCAGAAAAAAAUAAGGGAAAGAAAAAACUGCUGAAAAUUACGAAUGUCGAGAGAAAAAUCCAUAUUUUAGCUAUUAAACAUCGUUUAAUCGUGCCAGCAAAGUGAUAAUUCAUUGUCUAAAGCUCCACAUGAGUUGAGAGCGAUCCAGUUUUUACCGUGACAAGUGGAUUACUUACGUUAUCACAAUUUUUCCAAGGCUAUCACUCGAGUGAGGAGAUCCCGUCCAGUAUUCCUGUUGUGCACAUUAUCUACUCUGCGCUGUCAUCCCGUGUUCUGUGAAGUUCCAUUGAAUCUCUAGCUGGGUCGGUUUUAAUUUGCAAGGUAGCAAUGCUAAUUUGCAGCAAAGAAUUUUCUUAGGAAUGUUGUGAAAUUGGUGUCUAUGUAAUGCGCAAAUGGAACUAGAUCAGAAUGAUGUUUCAAACAAUAGUGAAGCAAGAAAAGAAACCUUAGCUUGAAUUUGGUUCAUGGUGGACGUACAACUCAUCCGGUUUGUAUAGGGAUCCACGGGUAGUCACAGCUGGUACAAAAUUAUGCCAACACCUAGCAAUACCAUCAGUAGCAGCAGUACCAAAACGAAAGAAAUGUUCAUCGUCCGUGCCCUGGAGAAGAUACUCAGUGAUAAGGACAUCAAACGGUCCCACCAUUCGCAGCUGAAACGGGCCUGCGAUGCGGCGUUGGAGGACAUCAAGGUAGAGCUGAAGGAAGCGGGCCAAAGUGAACAGAAUGGAGAGGUACCGAUUCCAUCGGCAGCCCUGCCGCUGCCAAAGAACGACUCGGCUAACAUCAUUAACGCCGAAAAGUACUUUCUGCCGUUCGAGUUGGCCUGUCAGAGCAAGACACCACGGAUCGUCGUAACGGCACUGGACUGCCUGCAGAAACUGAUUGCCUAUGGCCAUUUGACGGGAAAUAUUCCGGAUUCUUCGAAUCCGGGUAAAUUUCUCAUCGAUCGAAUUGUAACUACAAUUUGCAACUGCUUCAUGGGCCCGCAAACGGACGAAGGAGUGCAGCUGCAGAUUAUUAAGGCACUGUUGACGGUAGUUACCUCACAGUAUGUGGAAGUUCAUGAAGGUACGGUUCUACAAGGAGUACGAACCUGCUACGAUAUCUAUCUGUCGAGCAAGAAUCUGAUCAAUCAAACGACGGCGAGGGCGACAUUAACGCAGAUGUUGAACGUGAUUUUCACUCGGAUGGAAAAUCAAGCGUACGAGUAUCUAGCCAAUGGAGCAAUGGUUCCAGUUGUCGGCUCUGCAAGUGCUGGACAGGAAGAUGCAGCUGUCAAUACAGCCGUUGAAGUUUCAGAGGAGAAGCAUCCGGAUUAUGACAUGGUACGAGCAAUAGUUGAUGAGAUGGUGGAUAAUGUGAUAGCCGCUGCAGCGACUUCUGAAGAAGUUUGCAGAAAUGCGAAUUCAGAGGGUGAUAUUGACACCAGUAGCAUCGGAGGUGUGUCCAUUGGCGGUACGGAUAGUGCUUCUAUUGCUAGAGUUCCGUCACAGGAAAGCAUGGAGGUGACCAGUGAAAACGAUAGCAUCGUAACGGCGAAAUUCACUCAUAUCUUACAGAAGGAUGCCUUUUUGGUUUUUCGAGCUUUGUGCAAGCUUUCGAUGAAGCCGCUUCCGGAGGGGCAUCCUGAUCCAAAGUCACACGAGUUGCGUUCGAAAAUUCUAUCAUUGCAUCUACUGCUGUCGAUUCUACAAAACGCGGGGCCGGUCUUCCGUUCGAAUGAAAUGUUCAUCAUGGCGAUCAAGCAGUACUUGUGUGUGGCUUUGUCCAAGAAUGGUGGCAGUUCUGUGCCGGAGGUAUUCGAACUGUCACUUUCAAUAUUUGUUGCGCUGUUGUCCAAUUUCAAGACACAUUUGAAGAAGCAGAUUGAAGUAUUUUUCAAAGAAAUUUUUCUCAACAUCUUAGAAGCAACGAGUUCGUCUUUUGAACACAAAUGGAUGGUCAUACAGGCCUUAACCAGAAUUUGCGCAGAUGCUCAGAGUGUGGUGGAUAUCUAUGUAAAUUACGAUUGUGAUUUUUCGGCUGCAAAUCUGUUCGAACGAUUGGUUAAUGACCUGUCGAAGAUUGCUCAAGGUAGACAAGCAUUGGAGCUGGGAACAUCGGUGAAUCAGGAAAAAUCUAUGCGCAUUCGCGGACUAGAGUGUGUGGUAUCCAUACUGAAGUGCAUGGUCGAAUGGAGCAAGGAUUUAUACGUCAAUCCAAACUCUCAAACGACUCUGGGGGAUCCUCCCCCGCCUCCAUCGUCAGCAGUUAUCGGUGUUUCCAGGAGCUCGGAGGAAAUCCAUGAUCCGCUGAAAUCACACGGAGGUUCAAGUUUGAGCAUCAAUUCGGUAGGAAGUACCAAUACUUCUGGUGGGAAUCGUGAGGUACUGGAUCUUCCAGAAGAACUGGAGGAGCGAAAGCAGCGCAAGGAAGUUAUGGAAACUGGUAUCGAUAUGUUCAACAGGAAACCGAAGAAAGGAAUACAGUUUUUGCAGGAGCGAGCUCUGUUAGGUGUGACUGUGGAAGAUGUCGCCAAGUGGUUGCACGAAGAAGAACGGUUGGACAAGACACAGGUCGGUGACUAUCUGGGUGAGAAUGAUGAGCAAAGCAAGGCUGUGAUGUGCGCCUAUAUCGAUGCUAUGAACUUUUCCGAUUUGGAUAUUGUAGCAGCAUUGCGAUACUUCUUAGAGGGAUUCCGUCUUCCUGGCGAGGCGCAGAAGAUAGAUCGGUUGAUGGAAAAAUUUGCAAGCAGAUAUUGUGAUUGUAAUCCGAAUAACACUUUAUUCGCAUCAGCCGACACUGUGUACGUCCUGGCAUUUUCGGUUAUCAUGCUAACCACAGAUUUACAUUCACCUCAGGUGAAACAUAAAAUGACUAAGGAACAGUACAUCAAAAUGAACAGAGGCAUAAGUGAUAACAAGGACCUUCCAGAAGAAUACCUGUCGCAGAUCUACGAUGAGAUAUCAGGGCAUGAGAUUAAGAUGAAAAACACGAUCGCAAGCAAGCCGGGCAAGCAGAUUAUUGUUAACGAGAAAAAGCGUAAACUUUUAUGGAAUGUGGAAAUGGAAGCCCUCUCAACGACGGCCAAAAAUCUGAUGGAAUCCGUUUCACAUGUGAAAGCUCCGUUUACAUCAGCCAAACAUUUGGAACACGUAAGACCAAUGUUCAAGAUGGCUUGGACCUCGUUCCUAGCCGCUUUUUCGGUUGGCCUACAGGAUUGCGAUGAUCCAGAAAUUGCUAGUCUCUGCUUAGACGGAAUUCGUUGUGCUAUUCGUAUCACUUGUAUUUUCCACAUGACGUUGGAAAGAGAUGCCUACGUCCAAGCGUUAGCUCGCUUCACUCUGUUAACCGCCAAUUCUCCCAUCAAUGAGAUGAAAGCCAAGAACAUAGAUACUAUCAAAACGCUAAUUAUGGUAGCCCACACGGAUGGAAACUACCUUGGCACCAGUUGGUUGGAUAUAGUCAAAUGCAUUUCCCAUUUGGAGCUAGCUCAGCUCAUCGGAACUGGUGUCCGUCCGGAGUUCUUAUCGGGUUCAGCCUCACAUCGGGAUGCAUUGGAUCCGUCGGCUAAGGAACAUAUUGGCGAGACCAGUUCUCAGAGCAUAGUAGUUGCUGUGGAUAGAAUUUUCACCGGUUCAAUCCGGCUAGAUGGAGAUGCCAUUGUAGAUUUCGUUAAAGCCCUGUGCCAAGUGUCGUUGGAUGAACUAACUAGACCGCAACCGAGGAUGUUCUCAUUGCAAAAAAUUGUCGAAAUUUCCUACUACAACAUGGGUCGUAUCCGUUUGCAGUGGUCCCGGAUAUGGCAAAUUUUGGGCGAGCACUUCAAUGCCGUCGGUUGCAACACCAACGAGGAAAUAGCUUUCUUUGCGCUUGAUUCCCUGCGUCAACUGUCGAUGAAGUUUAUCGAGAAAGGAGAGUUCACCAACUUCCGUUUCCAGAAGGACUUUUUGCGGCCUUUCGAACACAUUAUGAAGAAGAACAGUUCGCCAGCGAUUCGGGAUAUGGUGGUGCGUUGUGUUGCACAAAUGGUCAAUUCUCAGGCCCACAAUGUCAAAUCAGGUUGGAAGAAUAUUUUUUCCGUAUUUCAUCUGGCUGCUGGAGAUCACGACGAAGCAAUUGUCGAGAUGGCUUUCCUCACGACAGGAAAAAUUAUCACUGAACUGUAUCAGUCGCAGUUUCCCAUAAUGAUAGAUUCUUUCCAGGAUGCGGUCAAGUGUCUCUCCGAGUUUGCCUGUAACGCAAAGUUUCCUGACACGAGCAUGGAAGCGAUACGACUUGUUAGGACAUGUGCACUAUGCGUGAACGAUGCUCCAAACUUGUUUGCAGAACAUGCUGGCAUGGAGAAUGACGUGUCCGUAUCUGAAGAGGACCGAGUUUGGGUUCGAGGAUGGUUCCCCAUGCUUUUCUCGCUAUCAUGCGUAGUUAAUCGAUGCAAGCUGGACGUUAGAACACGAGGGCUAACGGUUCUAUUCGAGAUUGUCAAAACUCACGGUGAUGCAUACAAAGCCAACUGGUGGCGAGAUUUGUUUAACAUUCUGUUUCGGAUCUUCGAUAAUAUGAAACUUCCCGAACACCACACGGAAAAGGCUGAAUGGAUGACUACCACCUGCAACCACGCCCUGUAUGCCAUUAUCGAUGUCUUUACCCAAUACUUCGACAUUCUCGGGCCAAUGCUGCUAAAAGACCUCUACUGUCAACUGCACUGGUGCGUUCAGCAGAAUAACGAGCAGCUCGCUCGUUCAGGAACUAACUGCCUAGAGAACCUGGUAAUCUCCAAUGGCCUAAAAUUCACCGAGGAGACAUGGGACAAGACCUGCCAAUGCAUGUUGGAUAUAUUCAACAGCACUCUCCCGAAUGAACUACUCUACUGGAAGCCGGACCCCAACCCCCAAAGCUACCAACAUGUACUUCACUUCCCCCAUAAUGGUGACAUUCCUCGUCAGGGUAUCCUGAAACGAACUCCAUCCCAACACUCAGUGUACAGCCAAUCGGAUCUGCAGGAACAUUCUCCCAAGUCAAUAGAUGUAAACAACACAUCGGUGCUGUUCUCUAACCUACUAAUCAAGUGUGUCGUUCAGUUGGAACUUAUACAAACGAUCGAUAAUAUUAUUUUCUUUCCGGCCACCUCCCGAAAGGAGGACGCUGAAACACUCGCCCAGGCCGCUGCUGAAUUGUCGUACAGCGCCGGAUCUAGUGCUGGUAGUAGUUCCGCCCUAAACCAUUCACUCUCUACGGAAGAAUGUCAACGGGAAGAACAGGGCAUGUACAGCUAUUUGAUAACACCUCAUCUGCUACAAUUGAUCGAUUGUCUCCUGCAGAGCCAUCGGUUUGCGAAAAAGUUUAAUUCUAACCACGAACAACGCAAUUUGCUAUGGAAGGCCGGUUUCAAGGGUUCCCUGAAACCAAACCUGCUGAAGCAGGAAACGCAAUCACUGGCCUGCGUAUUACGGAUACUGUUCAAGAUGUACAGCGACGAAAGUCGGCGGCGCGACUGGCAAGAUAUUGAGAAACGACUGAUUUCCGUCUGCACGGAAGCGUUGGACUAUUUUCUGUCGUUGCAGAGUGAACCGCAUCGGGAUGCGUGGACAUCGCUUCUGCUACUGGUCAUGACACGGUUGCUGAAGAUGCCGGAUUCAAGGUUCGCCGCUCACAUCUCCAGCUACUAUGUGCUUAUGUGCGAUCUGAUGUGCUUUGACCUAAAACCGGAGCUACGAACCGUACUGCGGCGAGUAUUCCUGCGUAUCAGUCCGGUGUUCGGAAUCACUAGCUCGACCAGCACCGCCGGUAACAGUGCCACCUAGUAUCAGCAAAACCGUGGCAUUCCUGUGCUGAGCAUCCCGAUUGCAGCCCAUUACCAACCGAUCCCAAACCAAGGCUCUCGAGCCUUUGUGCCUAUCUAUCAGCAAAUCGGCGACUAUAUGAACCCUAACAGUGAUAGUCAGUGUCGUCGUAGUUCCAGUUCGGCUAAAAUUGAAGAUGGUAGGCAUCAUUGUGAGAACAUUAGUGAUCCAGCUUAUAGGCUGCAGCGGGUAGUACCGGGGCGAAACAAACAUUAAAAUGAGAAAAAACGGUUGUAGUCAUUUUGUACUAUUAUUAUCAUCGGCCUGUGUUGAACAUGUUAUACUAAUGGAGAGUUAGUUUUAGGUCAUUUUUAUUUUGUAAACUAAAUUAUUACCCUCUAUGUCUGUGGUACUGAUGUAAGAUAAAUGGGAAAUCCGAUUGUUCCUUCAUCGUGUGCCGCUGCUAGUAAAUAAUUCAAACGUUCUGUUUGAUCGAUAAGCUCGACUAACUGUGUAUGGCUAAUUCUUUUUUUAUUAGAACGAAGUAAAUGGAAGAACCUUUUCGAAUGAAACCUAAGAUUUUGUUGUGUUACAGGUUCUUGAUAACUUGAUAAAAAGAAUCCGUUGAGUAGAAAAAUAUGAAUAAAUCCAUCACUAAACUAAGGUAGUGUAUGAACUCCACAUUGGCAAACAAAAUCAAACUUUGUAGCUGCAACGGGGCUAUGGUAGAUCUAACCUUCGAUUGCCGGAACAAAUCGGCACAAAACGCUAAACUUACAGAAAUACUAUAAAUUUUAGUAGUAUAUUAGAAAAGGACAGGAUAUGCAAUAGAAAAUAAAACAUUGAACCUAACACAGAUGGAAUAACGUAGAAUGGUUAUUGAAAACAUAUUUAUAGUCAGGAUGUGUUACUGAUAGAGACAACCAAUUGCUACGUUAAUAGUAACUUGAAACGUACGUAUGAGAAAUGCACUGCUUACAAACUUACCCGAUAAUAUUCUUUUGUUUGUUUUGUGGACUGCAAAAAAGACACAAUGAGUUAUAAAUUAAAUAAAAAGUAAGUGAAUGGGGGUAUUUCUGUUGUGAAACAUUUAUGAUGGCGAUUUACAGUAUAUUAUACAUUUACAUGCAUAAUAGAUAUCAUGAAAUAAAAUGAAAUGAAGCUAAA